AUGGAACAGGAUCAGGAUCAGAUGGAACCAAUGGAAGUGAACGGAGAUGGGCACCAAGGAGGCACCAUCGAUAUCGGGGCUGGUUCCGACGGGCCACCGAGUAUGGUCGGUGUUGGACCGCCGAGUCCCCUCACCGGGUGCUAUCUGUUGAUCAUUAUUGGUGAACCACAUUCCCAGGAUCACAAGGAUAUCAUUCUUCAGCGGCUGAUUAAAGGUUUCCUGUCGUGGAAUGUAAUUGAUUGCCAUGUUGACUUGGAGGAUGAACUGCAUACGAUCACGUUGCAGGCACUUGAUGGAGAAGAAGGGAAACAUGGUGAACGAUUGAUUCAGUAUGCCAGCGAGAAUCUGGUUACGGAGAUUUUAAUUCAUCCGCAAGUCAACACCUUCAUCCAAUGUAUUCGAAACUUGCUGAGUAGUUUUACCCGGCAUCGACACAUCAUCCAUACGGGGUAUACUUUCUCAGGAAAUGGUUCGUGGAUAUUGCAGGAUGGAACGUUUUCGGUUGUCGACUUUAUGGAAGCGUUCCAGGAGCAUGAGGUGCAACGAGUGCUCCGUGCCUAUCCUGAUACGAUCACCAUGGACGUGCACUGUGCUCCCAUAGGACAGUGGCACACAAUCCAGGAUAAGUCAUUCUCGCGGUUCUGUCAGAUUCGUAUGAACCCAGUUGAUGUGCUGAGUUCGGGCAGUGAAAAGUUGAAUAGUUUUGUCGCUUAUUUAUCGUCGAUGAUUAUACCGACGGAGAUUUCUGAGCUUUUGGAAAGCUCAGAUGUGGUUGGAAAUAUUCGUUUUAGUCAUCCGACGUUAUAUGUCUUCCCGGGUGGUCAAGGAGAUGCAGCCUUGUUUGGAAUCAACGGCUUCAACAUGCUAGUUGAUGGAGGUUUCAGCCGCAAAUCGUGCUUCUGGGACUUUGUGCGUCAUCUCGAUCGCCUGGAUGCAGUGCUAAUGACUCGUAUCAACAACACAAACAUCAAAGGCAUUUCAUCUGUGGUGGAACGCAAAAGUGAAGCACACGUCUAUCCUCAGAUAGGACACUUUUUCUGCAACAUUCCCGAGCGCAAAAGCUUACCUAGUCCCGAUGGUGACAAAGACCGCGACCCGCUGUUGGUGGAUAUAAUUCAGGAGGGCCAUCAGAUCGUUACUAAUCUCAAAUCCCUCAACUUAAAAGCGCAAACGUGUUACCGAGACAUUGAACCAAUCAACCUGUAUCAUAAGGUUGGCCAUGGUACACUCGACAUGUAUGUUAUUAGUCCGGCGCGAGACUCACGUGAAGUUAAAGAUUUUCUAACACGUUGGGCAGCUGACGAUAUGAGGCUAUUUACGAAGGAGGCCAAGGAAGGCAAAGAUUUCGCGUUUCCACUGCAUAAUCUCAUCUCUAUAUGCGCCCUGUUAGUGUGGACUCCAGCAAAUCCCGAGGAUAACAUAACGCGCAUCUUAUUUCCCGGCUCGGCGCCAGAGUAUAAGAUACUCGAGGGGUUGGAAAAAAUGAAAAAUGUAGAAUUUAUGCGCCAGCCGGUAUGCCCGGUUAAAUCGAUAAGUGCAAGUCUUUCAACGCCUGUGCUAGUAACAAAGAAAAGCCUGAAAUCGGCUUCAACUGAUAGGAUUUUAGCGGAACCAAUACACUCGUCAAAAUCCAAGGAUAACAAGCUAAUUGACAACAAGAUGAAAAUGAUGCAUGUCGAUAAUAAACUCGCCGCGGAUAUGAUGGAUAGUUCGGCAGAUGAGGGAAAAAUGGAAAAACAACUGUCGUCCAAGUUACAAGGGACUGCUACCGUUGCAUCAGCGAAGGUCGAAAGCAAGUCAAAAUCCACCCGCUCUGGUAAGUCCAUUGUCUCGGCCGAGAAAAAAUUCGAUAACAAAAAAAUGGAGCAACAGCAUGAUGAAAAGAAGGAUUCCAUCUCAGACAUCAGCUCAGAUAAAGAAGAUCAGCUCUUUAUGGACAAAUCGAAACCCUUGGCCGUAGACAGCGAAAAAAGUCUCGACGAGCCACUAGAUACACAAGAGAAAAUAGCUGAAACCGAAUCAGCGAAGCCCGAGUUGGAUACAAAGGAAAAGAAAAAGGAAGAUGCACCAUCUACUGGCGCUGACAGCGUUGGUGUAGCAGUGAAAGCCACUAAAAAGCCUCCGGUGUCCCGAACGUUGACAUCAGCAACCGCUAGGUCUAAAGUGGAAACUUCCGGCAAGGGGUCGAAAUCAACAGUGGAACGAAAACCAAUAGUUAAAAAACAAACAGAGGCAAAUAAAUCAUCCCCAACAACACCGAAGAAAAUUGGUUCGAUUGAGGCAAAGUUGCUGAACGGAAAUGCUGAAGAUACGAAGAAAACAGUCGGAAAGUCGGCCACUACGAAGGCAACACCCGUGGUUGGCGGAAAACCUGGUAAAUCCAGCCCAAAGGCAACACCAGCAAAGAGUACCAAGGAUGAAAACAACCGCAAAGUUCUUGAAGCAAGACAACGUCCCACAACUGUUGCCAAACGAGAUACGCUAGCUGCUAGGAAGGAAGUAGAAAAGAAGGAAUUACUAUCCACGAAGGCGCAAACCGAGCGUAAGCCUAUCUCUCGUCGACCGAAAGGCGCAGCUCCCGCACCUUCCAGUGUGGCCCCGAUUGGAGGCAGCCCAGUGAAAGGCAAGAAGGUUCUCAAGUCGGAGAAAGACGCAGUCAUACGAAAAGCGAAGCUAGACAAGAACGGUACAACGGAUUCUAGUCUCGUUUCAACCCCCAGUGCUGACGAAGCAGUGGUCCCGGUAACGAAACGUGCGGCGGGAAUGGCUCCAACGGAAGUUGCUCCCAGCGAUAGCGACGCGCUUGAUGCAAUCAAGAAACAACAGCAACUUGCAGAGCUGAAGGAAGAACAGGAAGCGGUUCGUGAGAUCGAGGCCGUUUUUAAUCGGGACUCUGCAGCUCAGAAAGCAUUGAAACACCGCGAAUUGGCUCUGGCAGAAGAUCAUCGUGAGGUGCAAGAUAGUGCGACUGAGCCGGAAGAGGAGGAAGAGUAUUUGAUUAUUGAAAAAGAAGAGCAGUACACUGAAGAUUCAAUCAACGAACCUGAAAGCAGCGCCACGAAGGAGGAAGAAAUUCAAAAGCACCAGCGUGAUUCACAGGAAUCAGAGAAGAGAAAGCGUGAUAGUUUGGAAGAAGAUAAAGGGGAAAAAAUAGAUUCGGUAAAAGAUGUGGGAGAAGCAGGCGAUGUUGAAGAAAUUCAAGGCGACGGAAAAUCAGAUACUCCCUUGCUACAAGGAGAGGGUGAACAGGAACCUCGUGCUGAAGAAGACCAUGAUGAGAGGGAAAAGGACGAGCAAGGAAAACUUUCACCCCAGCACAAACAGGAACUAGAGGAAGAAGUACAAGAAAUUAUUGCCUCGGCCAAGGAGAUUGCAAAAUCCAAGAUGGAAACAUCGAUGGAUGGGUUGAAGACCGAAGAAAUUUCAUCCAUCAGUCCUGACGAAAAGAUUAGCAGUACAAAAAAGACGAGUGAUACUCGCGAUGAAGAACAAGAACAUCCACUGGGUCAUAUGAAAGAUCAUAUUGACCCGCCACUCCACGAGAGUCACCAUGAAGAACGAGUGUCGGCCACUGUCGAGUCAGGAGCAACUACAACCGCACCGACUCUACCGGAAGACGAACGUAUUCCAUUGGAUGAGAUCAAAGAAGACCUCGUGAUUGAGGAGAAGCACGUCAAGGAACAGACAAAAGAAAUUGAAGUGGUCACAACAGUUGCAACAGAUGCAACAGCUGCUAUUCGAGCUGAGCUGCCCUCAGGACCCGAACUAGCUCCAGAAAAUGUAGCUACUGCAACAGCUCCUUUGCAAACAGUUUACGAGCCAUUAGAACGUCCGACACCCGCUAAAAUGCAGUUCAGCGCUCAGCAAGCGCACAUGCGAGACGUAGUAAAGACACCGGACGAAGUCGCCGACUUGCCCGUACACGAAGAGGCUGAUAUUGAUGAAGACUACACUGAAGACAAAGAUAAGAACAUCAAGGAAAGCGAGGAAAAGGAUCGUGAUACGAAAGAGAUGCCAGAGGAGGAGGUCGCUGGUGCAGUCUCUUCGGCGAGACUGGCACCAACGAUAGCUGCGUUAGAGACUGAUGCAAAGCAACUCGAGAAGACUGAUGAUGGAAGGAAUGUAGCGGAUAAGUCAGUUAAAAGUGAUAAACUAUGUGAUACGGCAAUGAAAGUAACGGCAGUGGAGGAAUUAAUCGAAAAGGUGAACCAGGACGCCCAAGUAGAAACGCCACGAAAACUGGACGCACAUCACACUGAACAACAUGAUCCCUCAAAAGCGAUCCUGGAUGAUGAUGCCAUUUUACGAGAUUUAGAAUCGCAGAUCAUUCCUGCAGAAACACCCGUUGGAGCAAAGUUAGAUAAUAUAGUUCAUGUGGAGCUACAACAUCAGGUUAAGCUGGAAGAGGAGACUCUGGUUCACGGAAUAGUUGGAGACAAGAGUAUGCAUCCAGUCGAAGAAGAACUGAUUGUUGCGAAAAAAGCUGUUCCCAGAAUACCGCAGCCACCUGUAACAUCGGUGUUGGAUGAUAUUUGGCAAACUCCAGACAAGGCGGAGGAAAAGUUAGAAGAACUAAAGCAUUUUAUUGAUGACAAAGCGAAAAAUUCAGUACCCGAGUUGGUAGCCAUAAAAGACACAAUGGUAAAGAGUGUAGUGGAGCACAAGGACGAAAUCAACGAUAAGGUGUUGGAUGGAACCAAGGAAACAGAUUUGAAGAUUAAGGACGUGAUUGAAGACGUCAGCCAAAACGUAGAACAAAUGGCUGUUCAAACGGCAGAAGAAGUUGUUAAGGUGGUAACCGGAAAGGUCGACUCGGUGCUUGAUAAUUUGCAGGAAAAGACCAAACAGGUGGACGAUGUACUGAUGACAACUGCUACAAACCUCGACGAAAAGGUAGCAUCGUUUGCUACAGACGUGUCACAAGUGGUAACCAAAACCGACGAAGCCUUGGCUUCAAUCACUGCUGAGAAGAAUGAAUUGGAACAGCUGGCUAAAGAGUUGAAGCAAGACAUGAUUGGUCAGCUCGACGAUACAAGGAAGCAGCUGGACGAUGACUUCGCCAGAAAUGUGGAGAAAUUACAGGACAAGGCAAAAACCGGAAUAAGUUCUUUCUUUGGUAGUAUUACGGAAGGCAUUAAGAGUGGUAUAGAAAAGGUAUCUGACAAAGUAGAACAUAAGAUGAAAGACAAGGUUGAGGAGGUUGAAGCAAAAUUACAGCAAGUCACUGAAAAGAUCGAUGUCCUUAAAACAACAUCCCAAGAACCAAUUCCGCUGGAAAAGGAACCUACGUAUGACCGCUUUGGAGGUGCUUAUGAGAGAAGUUUCACGCAGGAAUUGCGAGAAACGCACAUUACAACUGUCGAUUCUCCGGUUACGGAAGGAGAUAAGAUGAGUAUGGAGCUCAAAGCGAUGGUCAAUAUUCCGCAUGAUAUCGACGAAGACAAAGAACUGGAGGAACUGGAAGCAAAAAAGAACCUUGGUACAUUCGUCAUCGAAGAUAUCAAGUACAGUGUCUUUGAAGAUGCAAACCUGCGCGAAAUCAAAGAAGAGGAAGAGGAAGAUCGCGUUUCUCCACCACAGGGAACCUCGGAAAAGCUAAGCACAGUCUUGGGCAUGAUGCCGCCUCGUGCACGCACGCCCGAGGAUGUUGCUAAGAUAGUGGCGAAUGUGGCGGAGGUACUCAAGUCCGACAAAGAUUUAGAGGAUAUCAUCCCUGGAUUCGAUCCACAAGAAUUGGAACGAAAGCUUUCACAAGGAGCUGCACGUGAGGAGGAUGUGGGCACUGUGCAGCGAAUGCUUGUUACGGCCAGCAGCGAAGAUGGUGGCGAAGAAACAGUGAUUUGUGCCGAUGGAACAAUCACUUUCUCGAAAUCAGUAACACCUGAGCCAAUGCAAACUUCUGGAACAACUACUCCAGAGAUAAAAGUGCAAGAAGAAAAUGAAGACGACGAGGAAGAAGGUGCAGAAGAUCAUGUGCAUGCUUCAUCAAAGGAUGCAACUGUUGGCAAACGCACAUCAUACGAAAAAGGCAGUCCCAUUUCGUCGGGUAAAUCAUCACCAGACUUAAAAACAUCUCCUACGUCGAUAGAAGAAAAGGAUAAGCACGAAUUGCCGGAGAAAAUCGUGCAGAUUGACGCCAGCAAAUCUAAGUCUCAUCAAGAACUUCCCACAACAGUGAGCGACACAUGCAAAGAUUCGGUACCAGAUCACCAAACAUACGAUCUUAUCGAUGAUACCAGGCGCGAAUCUGCUAUCAGUACAUUCAGCGAGCGAGAUUACACAAAGGAUGAAAGUUCAUUCGUCGAUGAGCGAGAUUCGUCUCGAGCACAUUCGAUCUCUAGCCACAUAAGUGAUCUGAAGGAUGAUUCAGCCGAUCUGAAAUCAGUGACCGAUUUUUUGAAGGAAUCAGAAAAAGAGCGUGAUCAGGUGUUCGCUGAUGCGGAUAUUAAAUUAAAAGAACUGUCUAGUCCUGAAUCAGUUGCUAGCCAGAAUAUGAUCACCGAAAAAGUGUCAAAGAUCCUGGAAGCCAAUGAAACGCAUACACAAGAAUCAUCAAAACCGAUUGAUACAAUAGAGCUGGAUUCAAAAGAUAAAGCAGACUCAAUGGAUUUUUCACGUCCAGAUUCACCUGCUAGCGCAGAAGAUAUUUCCCAUGAUGACGUGAUAUCCGCAAAAGAUGGACAGUAUGCAAGAGAUGCAGAAACAACAAACGUUAGAGUACAUUUAAAAGAAUCAGCAUCAUUAGACUUAGCCGAAGAACUUCCGGAUACAAAACAAUUCUCACGCCCUGAAUCACCAGCUAGUGCUGAAGAAUUGUCACAAAUAAGCGAUCAUAUGUCAAAAGAAUCGCGACCAGCUUCUGCUGCUAGUUUAGUUACAGAUAAGGCUCCUUCUAAAAAAUCUGUUGAUUUGAAAACAGAAAUUAAAACCGAUUCACGACCAUCUUCUGCAGCAAGUGGAACAGGUUUUUCUUUUGAAAAAUCUGUUGAUCUAAAAGCAGAAGCUAAAUCAGAUUCUCGACCAGCUUCUGCUGCUAGUGCACCAGACGACAAAGCUCCUUCUGAAAAGUCUGUAGAUCUAAAGGAAGAAACCAAAGAAGACUCUCGACCAGCUUCUGCAGCGAGUGGAACAGAUACUAAAGCUGCUCCCCAAAACUCUGUUGAUCUCAAAGCAGGAGCCAAAGAAGACUCUCGACCUGCUUCAGCUGCUAGUGGUGCAGAUGACAAAGCUCUUUCAGAAAAGUCUAUUGAUCUAAAAGCAGAAAUCAAAGAAGACUCUCGACCAGCAUCUGCUGCGAGUGUACCAGACGACAAAGCUGCUUCUGUAAAGUCUGUAGAUCUAAAAGCAGAAACCAAAGAAGACUCUCGUCCAGCUUCUGCAGCGAGUGGAACAGAUGCUAAAGCUGCUUCCGAAAACUCUGCUGAUCUCAAAGCAGAAGCCAAAGAAGACUCUCGACCAGCUUCAGCUGCUAGUGGCGCUGAUAUCAAAGCUUCUUCUGACAAGUCUGUAGACGUGAAAGCAGAUUCUCGACCAGCAUCAGCUGCUAGUGCACCAGACGACAAAGCUGCUUCUGUAAAGUCUGUAGAUCUAAAGGCAGAAACCAAAGAAGACUCUCGACCAGCUUCUGCAGCGAGUGGAACAGAUGCUAAAGCUUCUCCGGAAAACACUGUUGAUCUCAAAGCAGAAGCCAAAGCAGACUCUAGACCAGCUUCAGCUGCUAGUGGACCAGACGACAAAGCUCCUUCUGAAAAGUCUAUUGAUCUAAAAGCAGAAAUCAAAGAAGACUCUCGACCAGCUUCAGCUGCUAGUGGCGCAGAUAUCAAAGCUUCUUCUGACAAGUCUGUAGACGUGAAAGCAGAUUCUCGACCAGCUUCAUCUGCUAGUGCACCAGACGACAAAGCUGCUUCUGUAAAGUCUGUAGAUCUAAAAGCAGAAACCAAAGAAGACUCUCGUCCAGCUUCUGCAGCGAGUGGAACAGAUGCUAAAGCUUCUCCGGAAAACUCUGCUGAUCUCAAAGCAGAAGCCAAAGAAGACUCUCGACCAGCUUCAGCAGCUAGUGGACCAGACGACAAAGCUAUUUCUGAAAAGUCUGUUGAUCUAAAAGCAGAAACCAAAGAAGACUCUCGACCAGCUUCAGCUGCUAGCGGCGCAGAUAUCAAAGCUUCUUCUGACAAGUCUGUAGACGUGAAAGCAGAUUCUCGACCAGCUUCAUCUGCUAGUGCACCAGACGACAAAGCUGCUUCGGAAAAAUCGGUUGAGCUAAGAGCAGAAAUCCACUCUGAUUCACGACCAGCUUCUGCUGUAAGUGUUGCAGAUGAAAAAUCUUCUUCUGUAAAGUCUGUAGACCUAAAGACAGCACUUAAAGAAGACUCUCGACCAGCUUCAGCAGCUAGUGGACUAGACGACAAAGCUAUUUCUGAAAAGUCUGUUGAUCUCAAAGCAGAAGCCAAAGCAGACUCUAGACCAGCUUCAGCUGCUAGUGGACCAGACGACAAAGCUCCUUCUGAAAAGUCUAUUGAUCUAAAGGCAGAAAUCAAAGAAGACUCUCGACCAGCUUCUGCUGCUAGUGGCGCAGAUAUCAAACCUUCUUCUGACAAGUCUGUAGACGUGAAAGCAGAUUCUCGACCAGCUUCAGCAGCUAGUGGACCAGACGACAAAGCUAUUUCUGAAAAGUCUGUUGAUAUAAAAGCAGAAGCCAAAGAAGACUCUCGACCAGCUUCUGCUGCUAGUGGCGCAGAUAUCAAACCUUCUUCUGACAAGUCUGUAGACGUGAAAGCAGAUUCUCGACCAGCAUCAGCUACUAGUGCACCAGACGACAAAGCUGCUUCGGAAAAAUCGGUUGAGCUAAGAGCAGAAAUCCACUCUGAUUCACGACCAGCUUCUGCUGUAAGUGUUGCAGAUGAAAAAUCUUCUUCUGUAAAGUCUGUAGACCUAAAGACAGCACUUAAAGAAGACUCUCGACCAGCUUCAGCAGCUAGUGGACUAGACGACAAAGCUAUUUCUGAAAAGUCUGUUGAUCUAAAAGCAGAAAUCAAAGAAGACUCUCGACCAGCUUCAGCUGCUAGUGGUGCAGAUGACAAAGCUCUUUCUGAAAAGUCUGUUGAUCUAAAGGCAGAAAUCAAAGAAGAUUCUCGACCAGCUUCUGCUGCUAGUGGCGCAGAUAUCAAAGCUUCUUCUGACAAGUCUGUAGACGUGAAAGCAGAUUCUCGACCAGCUUCAUCUGCUAGUGCACCAGACGACAAAGCUGCUUCUGUAAAGUCUGUAGAUCUAAAGGCAGAAACCAAAGAAGACUCUCGACCAGCUUCUGCAGCGAGUGGAACAGAUGCUAAAGCUUCUCCGGAAAACACUGUUGAUCUCAAAGCAGAAGCCAAAGAAGACUCUCGACCAGCUUCAGCUGCUAGUGGACCAGACGACAAAGCUAUUUCUGAAAAGUCUGUUGAUCUAAAAGCAGAAACCAAAGAAGACUCUCGACCAGCUUCAGCUGCUAGCGGCGCAGAUAUCAAAGCUUCUUCUGACAAGUCUGUAGACGUGAAAGCAGAUUCUCGACCAGCUUCAUCUGCUAGUGCACCAGACGACAAAGCUGCUUCUGUAAAGUCUGUAGAUCUAAAGGCAGAAACCAAAGAAGACUCUCGACCAGCUUCUGCAGCGAGUGGAACAGAUGCUAAAGCUUCUCCGGAAAACACUGUUGAUCUCAAAGCAGGAGCCAAAGAAGACUCUCGACCAGCUUCAGCUGCUAGUGGACCAGACGACAAAGCUAUUUCUGAAAAGUCUGUUGAUCUAAAAGCAGAAAUCAAAGAAGACUCUCGGCCAUCAUCAGCUGCUAGUCCACUAAAUGACAAAACUGUUUCUAAAAAGUCUGUUGAUAUAAAAUCAGAAACAAAAGAAGACUCUCGUCCAGCUUCGGCUGCGAGUGCACCAGACGACAAAGCUCCUUCUGAGCAAUCUGUUGUUUUAACAGCAGAAGCCAAAUCAGAUUCUCGACCAAUUUCUGCGGCUAGUGCACCAGACGACAAAGCUCCUUCUGAAAAAUCUGUUGAUCUAAAAGCAGAAAUCAAAGAAGACUCUCGACCAGCUUCAGCUGCUAGUGCACCAGACGACAAUGCUGCUUCUGACAGGACUGUUGAUAUAAAAUCAGAAACAAAAGAAGACUCUCGACCAGCUUCUGCUGCAAGUGCACCAGACGACAAAGCUCCUUCGGAACAAUCUGUUGAUUUGAAAACAGACAACAAAGCAAACUCACGACCAGCUUCAGCUGCUAGUGUUGCAGAUGAUAAAGCUAUUUCUGAAAAAUCUUUAGAUCUAAAAACAGAACCCAAAACAGAUUCUCGACCAGCUUCUGCUGCUAGUGGUACAGAUAUCAAAGCUUCUUUAGAAAAGCCUGUAGAUCUGAAAGCAGAUUCUCGACCAGCAUCAGCUGCUAGUGCACCAGACGACAAAGCUGCUUCCGAAAACUCUGCUGAUCUCAAAGCAGAAACCAAAGAAGACUCUCGACCAGCUUCAGCUGCUAGUGCCCCAGACGACAAAGCUCCCUCUGAACAAUCUGUUGAUUUAAAAGCAGAACCCAAAAUAGACUCUCGACCAGCUUCAGCUGCUAGUGGCGCAGAUAUCAAAGCUUCUUCAGAUAAGUCUGUAGAUCUAAAACCAGAAACCAAAGAAGACACUCGAUCACCUUCUGCUGCUAGUGGUGCAGAUGACAAAGCUGCUUCUGAAAAGUCUGUAGACCUAAAAGCAGAAGCUAAAGAAGACUCUCGACCAGCUUCUGUAGCAAGUGAAACUGAUGCUAAAGCUGAUUCCAAAAAAUCUGUUGAUUUAAAAGCAGAACCCAAAACAGACUCACGACCUGCUUCAGCUGCUAGUGGUGCAGAUGACAAAGCUUCUUCUGAAAAGAAUGUAGAUCUAAAAGCAGAAACCAAAGCAGACUCUCGACCAGCUUCUGCAGCAAGUGGAACUGAUACUAAAGCAGAUUCCCAAAAAUCUGUAGAUCUAAAAGCAGAAACCAAAGAAGACUCUCGACCUGCUUCAGCUGCUAGUGGUGCAGAUGACAAAGCUCCUUCUGUAAAGUCUGUAGAUUUAAAAGCAGAAACCAAAGAAGACUCUCGACCAGCUUCUGCAGCAAGUGGGACAGAUGCAAAAGCUGAUUCGCAAAAAUCUGUUGAUCUUAAAGCAGAAACCAAAGAAAUCUCUCGACCUACUUCAGCUGGUGGUGGUGUAGAUGACAAAGCUCCUUUUGAAAAUUCGGUUGAUCAAAAAGCAGAAAACACAGCAGACGCACGACCAGUUUCCGCUGCUAGUGGAGUAGACUACAAAGCAUUUUGUGAAAAGUCGGUUGAUCUUAAAGAAGAAACUCAAACGGACUCACGGCCAGCAUCUGCCGCUAGUGCAUUAAGCGAGAAAGCUACGUCUGAGCAGUCUGCUGAUGUGAAAGCAGAACCAACAUCAGCCUCACGGCCAGCAUCUUCCGCUAGUGGAAUAGUUGACCAAGCACCUUACGAAAAGUUCGUUGAUAUGCAGCCUGAUAUCAAAACAACCUCACGGCCAGCGUCAUCAGCUAGUUGCAUUAGUGAACAUGCUUAUUCUGAGAAGUCUGUUGAUAUGGAGGUGAAAAUCAAAGCAGAGUCAGAGAAGAUAGAAACUAAAGUUGAAUCUUGCGCGGCUCAAUUCGAAACAAUUCAAAAAUCAUCGUCUACGGUAGCAAACAUGUGCCCUUUAAGCGAUGGUGAGGAUGACGACUUAGAGAAAAAGAUUUGCAUGAAGGAAACUCGUUCGAAGUCGAUGUCAGCAGCGGUGACAUCCGUUGGCCAUCGUUCCGGUUUCGAAGGAAGUUCUCUUGGAGUACUAGAAGAAUCCAUCAUUACUUCUCGUGAUGAUCUCGAUAUGCUGCGUACUUCAAGAGACAACACCGUUGAAUCAACAAAGUCCCAACUGCAAACGGAGAAAGCGCCAAUGAAACCAUUGAAACCAUUGUUUAGUGAGUUUCCUGCUACAAAAGAUGAAGACCAGAAGUACGAGCCUAAUAGCGUAUUUCCAAAGUGUGGCCUAGAUAGUGCAGAAAGUCCCGAGCAUGGUGCCGCGAUAAUUGCAGGAACCGAUCAGUUGCUGAAAGACACUGUUAUUUCGAUGAAGGAAGUUGAAAAGAUGACCAGCUCAGUCAUUUCGUCGACAGUUGUAAAAAAAGAGGAGUCCUCCACUGAGAGCAAGACGUCGUCGACAGUUUUCCCAGUGUCGGCCAAUGUUGAAAGCGGUAAGUCGUCUCCUUAUCUUGGAGAAAAAUCUCAUGAAUCCAGUGCGAAAUCCGUAAGCCCUCAACCAGACAAAGAUUCGCUCGAAGAAAGCUCUGUAUCGAUGAAUACCUUCAUAGAAAAGGACAGUUUGUCGGAAAGUACAUCCAAACACCAUCAGCAAAUUGUCACUAGCGUCAGCGUAACCAAAGAGUCUUCCAGCGAAAUGUUCGCGAUUGCUCAGAAGACCGGGGAUGAAUUACUCUUGGCUGGUACUAAAACUCCUCCUACUGCACCAAUAAGCCCAAAUGUGAGCGCGAAAGAAGGUAGUGGCAUGGGCCAGACGCACUUCGAAGCAUCAAUUUUAGAUGGUGCGACUUCUGCUUCAUCGAUGGCGACGACCAUGGCAUCCUCCGUAACGGCAUCGACUGGUCCGAUUGCGCAGAAGGACGAUGUAUCUGGUAUUUCAACACCUAAAGAGUCUGUACCAUCUGGCAAGUCGAGCCCGGGGCUAAUGUCCGUGCACACACAGGGUAGCACGGACAGUGCUUCCAAAUCGAUGAAUUUGGGCCACAGCAGUUCAGGUAUUGAGACAUCAGAUUCAUCGCCAAAGCCGACAUCGCCCUUCCCGAAGGUGGUCGUCGAUACGCUGAAACUUGCGGACGAAACAAAGACCACCUCCGGUAUGAGCACACCGGACAUGACUCGAUCAUCAACGCCCGACAUGGUCGACUCGCAGAUCGAGCGUAUCAUCUCCACGGAAGGCGAAAGAAGUGACUCGCAAACCACUGUUACGACAACUACUACCACAACGAAGACUUCGACCUACAUUGUUAAGGAUGGUCAGAAAAUUGAAGUAGAUAGCAAUGUGCAAAGUGACAGAGUUAUCAACACAGAAACGCAAGAUCAGAAAGCAUCCGAGGGUUCCUCCGGAGCUACAUCAAUCACCACCGUCACCACUACGUAUGUUGUUAAGGAUGGAGAAAAGGUCGAAAUAGAGAGCAAUGUCAAUACUGGUAUUCUGGAGCAAACAUACGAUGGAGUCACUUCCGCAAAAUCAUCGGCUCCUGUCCAGCUUACUCUGGCGGGAACGGAGGAACGAAGUUUGGCCGAAGAUUAUGACGAAAAAGAUGUUUUAUCGCCGCGAUCCGACAUUUCCUCUGGACAGGCAUCUCGCAUUGUUGCUGGGUGGCAUGAUGAGGAUGUACCUGGAUCGCCAAUGAGUAUGACCUCACAGGCACCGUUGUCACCAAGUACGAAGUACACCUACGACUAUGACCUGCAACACUCAAGCUCGGGAGUGAGCAAGAAGUCGGAUAUCGAAAUCGAUCAGGAUAGCCAAGACGAUAUUGUUCCACCCCAGUAUGGAAGCGAUGAAGCUAAAUCUGCUAUGCCUAUCAUGUCCAGCUAUAAACCGGACCCAAUGAGCACUUCCUUUUACGGCCAGCUGCCCGAAGUGCCCUCCACGAUGCCCUUGGGACCAACCGCCACUCGCUCUAUACCGAUUCCGAUCACAGGAUCCGGCAAAAGCUUCUCUAAGCCGUACGUUGAAUAUGCGUCCAGCGGCGAAAGUAGUGUCGACUCCGGUCACAAGGCAUCCGUUACCAUGAGCAGCGAUCGUAAAUACCUGGACGAGGCCGAUUUAGAUUUCGAAAAAGCCUUUAGCGGAACCCGUAAGACGGACGACUUAAUGACCACAUCGAUGCACUUUUCGAGUGAAAAGGAAUUUAUGACAGCGACCACCACAAUCGCCAGCUUGGCGCAGACGCAGAAGAUGGAAAUGGACUUCACAUCUACAGGGCUUCCCUCCUCGGUGACGACCACAGUAACUGGAGCACAACCAAGUGUAACGGCUGCCCUGUCCCAGCCUGAACAAUCACCCCAACAACAACCCCAAGCGCAAUCACAAUCACCUUUACCACAAUCAACGCAGCUGGCCGGACAGGCAGCGAGCUCAUCGUCGGCGGAAGCAAAGAGCGUCUUAGACUCGUGGGGAAAGCCUCUUGGCCUUCCCUCGCCGGCUCCCAUCACGUCAGAAGAUAACAAGACUACUCCGAAAAAGGAGCGCCGCAUGAUGAUGACUAAAACGAAGCUGAACAACGAGAAAAACCUUCGCAAACGAGCUGAGUCUCCUACGAAAGGGGCCGCGAAAAAGGCGGCUAGCCCGGUGUACGUGGACCUCUCAUACGUACCACACCACGGCAACUCGUACUACGCAAACGUGGAAUUCUUUAAACGAGUUCGAGCUCGAUACUACGUAUUCUCUGGAACGGAACCGAGCCGCGAAGUGUACAACGCUCUUUUGGAGGCCAAACAAUGCUGGGAAGAUAAAGAAUUAGAGGUAACUAUCAUUCCAACCUAUGACACCGAUGUGCUGGGAUAUUGGGUUUCGGAAAAUGAGGAACUUCUGGCUAAGUACCACAUCGAUUUGUCUCCAUCGGCGGCAAGGUGUACGAUCAACUUGCAGGAUCACGAAACCUCUUGCUCGGCGUACCGACUCGAGUUUUAG